CUUCAAACAUGACCUAUCAUUCAAUUUUUUAAGUAUACAGUUUUAAAAGUCAACAAACGCCAAAAACAUUAAUAUCAUUUUUUUGUCAAGCACGCGGCACUUAUCUAACGAAAGAACUACAUCUAAAUCAGGAACAUGCAGAACAGAACGUUAAUACAUUGGAGAUCGUUGGUGCUCUUCGGCCUUAUAUUUUGGUUCCUUUUGUGUCUGUUCGAUUUCAUGCGCAGCCCCUCCAGCUUCGUCCACGACGAAGAUUUUGACCGAAUCUACCACGAAUUAUUAUUGUAUGAGGAAAGCUUGAAAAACAGCAAUUCCGACCGGCAGUUGAUGUAUCUCGGAUUGAUAAUUCUCCUAUGGAUUUCGAUUACGCUUUUGUAUUCCACAUUGUUUUGCUGGGCCACUAGAAGAUUUUGGUGGACAUUGAACCAGUCGGUUAACGGGAGGAGAAUUACUACGACCGUUACGCUUUGGUCUGGAUAUCAUCGCCAUAUUUCAGCUCGCAGCAAAAUUCCUAUCAAAAUUCAAGCUUCUACCACAUGUAUUGAUUUCAGGAGUCAUUCUCAGGAAUCUCUACAGCUAUUACCAAUUCCGAAAUUUAGAUGUUCAAUAGAUGUUAAUAAUAAUGAGAUUAAUAAACUAAAAGAAGAAUUUAUUAAAUCCAAAGACGUAUCAUCGAAGGCACUAAACGUUAUAUCUAAAAAGCUUGUAAAUCUUGAGAGACAAAAUAAUUUCCUGAAGGUACAAUUAGAAACCACUCGUAGUGAUAAAAACAUUGCCCUACAAGAAAUUAGAGACUUGAUUGCGGAAAAGGAGGAUUUAAUGAAAACCGUGGAAGAGAUAAGCGUGAUAAUCAAAUCGAAUGUGAAGUCUAAGAAGAGGGACAUGGGCGCGUACGAUGAGCUCAUAAAAAAUUGCGAUAAUCUGGAACGGCAAUUCCAGGAGUGCUCCAAAGAGAAAAAGGCUCUAGAAAAAAAGCUGCAACGCUUGCAGGAGGAGUACAAAGAUUUAAAGGAAAAUUUGAGUAGGAAUUACAAAAGCGAUUCGAAAAUAGAGGAAGAACAUUUCGAGAAAUUUUGUUUAAGCGACGAGGAAGCCACUCCUUCUGAAAAAAGAGUUUGUUGUAGAAAUAAGGCGAUGGCAAAUUUGGAAACGGAAAUAGAUGAAUAUUCUUCCGAUGGGUCUGUCGAUACCAAUCGAAUAUUGUGUGUUAGUAAAUCCAAACAUUUUCAAAUUUUCUUGAAAAAAUACAAUAUGGGUUAAAUUGGAAAAAACGAAAAUUAUGUAUUUUUUUGCAUUAACAUUAUUUACUACUUUCCUUUGUAACUAUGUACAUGUAACUGAUAUUUGAAAGAUAAAAAAAAUGUAAAAUUUACAAGAAGAAACAUUGGCAUUGAAAUAAUCGAUAAUUAAUAUUAACUUAGGGGUAGGUUUAAAUUUUUCCACAAAAACAUGAGCAUUCCUUUUUACGUAUUUAUUCUAUAUUUACACGAGUAUUUUUAACAUUUAAAGUUCAUUCGGAAAAUAAAUACAAAAAUUGAUAGAGUAAAAAAAUAUAUAAAAUAAACUUGCGAAUAAUAAUAACAAGCAAGUUUAGACAUUCUUAGCCGUUUAGCGAAAUAUCUCAUCGAUAAAAUGAGUAGAGUAAAUUACAUAAAUAAAAAUCGACAAAAGAGAAUAACACGAACAAAAAUGAAAUCGAGCCUGUUAAGUAAAUCUAGCCAAGUAGAGGAUAAAAUUAUAAAUAAUAAAUGGCAGUGGUAUACAAUAAUUGAUGAACAUCAAAAUUAAACUAAAUUUACAUCCUAAAAUGUAUAAAAAAAUGAUUUAUCAAAAAUAUAUUUCACACUUCUAUUUGGUUCGUCCUCCUUUACAAAAUAUCCUAAUCUAAUCCUUGACAAAAAAACCAACGAUAUAGUUCAGACUUAAAUAAAUUGCUUUUAAUACACUUAAAUCGACAUGAAGUCAUGAAAAAUCAUCGAACAGUAAUCAUAGAAAUAUAAUAUCGCAUUAUUAAACAAGUUUAAAUUUAGAGCAACAUAAAUCCCUGCUGAGUAAAAUUCGGUAUAUUCAAGAAAAUUCAAAAUUAUGUCUUUAUUAAAUUGUAGUAACCUUAAAAUUUAUAGCGGCGAUAUAAAUAGUAUUAAUAGUAUUUUAAGCAUUAUGAACUACAUCGUUAGUCAUAGUUUUAUCAUUUCUGUUUUUGAGCUAGCGUUUUGAACCAGAAAUACGUGCUCACCAAGCAACUCCCCGUCAGCAAUGUCAUCAACGCAGACGAAGCGAAAACGAAACUCCUAGUGGACAUGCAGACGCCUUGGUGCGGCAACUCGAGGUUCAGCAGAUCCUCCUGCAGCGCCACCCGGAGGUGUUUACCCAUGGUGACGCCGUCGUGGAGCGUUUCGUUCGCCCGGCCCAAGUCUCUUCUCCGCCUCCUGCCCGGCUCCAGCUGCUGAUCCGUCGCCUGACACAUUUCGCAGUCGGUCUUGCACAGCUCGAUGUUGCACUCGAUCAUAAUGUCCAUCACGUCGGGGAACUUGAAGGCGUUGAAGUACGCGUAUGCGAUUAUCGAGGCACCUG